AACUAGAGUUAGCUAGCAACCCAAAGAACUUAGAAGAAAAAAAGAGAGAGAAAGAAACAGAAGAAUGGAAGAAGAGUUGAGAAACUUGCUCAAGGUUUGGGUCUCUGCCUUAAUCUCCAUAUCUUACUGUUACUACAUCUCUUCAAGAAUUUCCAAAGGUUUUCUUCGUCUCCUCUCUCUCCUUCCCAUCUUCAUCAUAUUUCUUCUUAUUCCUCUCUUCUUCUCUUCUGUCCACUUCUGUGUCAUCUCUGCUUUCUUCCUCACAUGGCUCGCAAACUUCAAGCUCGCUCUCUUUGCUUUUGAUCAAGAACCUUUAAGCCCACUUCCUUCAACUCUCUCCCGUUUCUUCUGUUUCGCUUGUUUCCCCAUCAAAACCAAUCAAACCCCUUCUUCAAAUCGUAUACACAACAAACCUAUGUCCAAAUGGGCUCUUGCUUCCAAAGUUAUAAUCAUCUCGUUCUUAUUAUAUCUCUACGGUAAAAAUUACCAUAACAGUUUAUCUCAGCUCCCUUUCUUGGCUAUCUUUACUGUCCAUAUCUACCUUGAGGUAGAGUUUGUCCUCUUCUCUAUCGGUACGUUGCUCUCUAAACUUCUUGGUUGUGAAAUCGAACCGGUCUUUAAUGAGCCUUACUUAGCUACUUCAUUACAAGACUUCUGGAGUCGUAGAUGGAACCGCAUGGUCCCAUCAGUUCUACGUCCAACCAUUCACAUCCCAGUUCAGCAGUAUACGGCUAGGUUAAUCGGUCCAAACCUGGCCUUUUAUGCUGGAGUGUUGGCGACGUUUCUUGUCUCCGGGUUAAUGCAUGAGCUUAUUUACUUUUAUUUUAUCCGUAAAUCUCCAACUUGGGAAGUCACUUGUUUCUUUGUGUUGCAUGGAGUUGUAACUUCUUUGGAGAUAUGGGUGAAGAGCAUGCGGUUGUGUCCACCACCGCAUCGAGCUGUCUCGAGUCUUGUGGUUGUGGUGUUUGUUUUUGUUACGGCCGGUUGGUUGUUUACACCUCAAGUGCUGAGAAAUAAUGUGCAUAAGAGAGUGAUAAAUGAAUGUUUGUUUGUUAUUGACUUUGUCAAAUCACAAGUUGUUAACAUUGUAAUGUAACCUUUCAUAAUAUGGAGCAAUGAACUUUGUCAUGCAUUACAAAUUUGAAUCUCAUAUCCAAAACAAAAACAAAAAUGUUUUAUUUAAAUAUGUAGCAAGAAACUAAACCGUAUAGUAGGUCGAUGGACUUACCUUGGCCAUGUGAUUGGGGGACCAUGGUUUGAAUGAUAUUCAGAACGUGGUCUAAUAAUGCGAAGUUGCAAUUACCGGUUCGUAAUGUAAGAAUCUGCAACAACAAAAAAUGUGUGUAGCUGUCAAAUCAAGUUCCUCGAUUGUUUUUUCCAUAAUCAAAGUCAAAGCCUAGGUGAUUGGAGGCAAAAAAUAAAAAAGGAAACAAGAUCUAUAGAGA